GAGACAACAGCCGACCCGGUCCGCAAUACACAGCCGACCCGAAAGUCUGAUUAUACUGCCUGUCCGACCCGAGCACUUCUCCUUGUCCACCCGACACCUGAUUAGGGUAGCCUCCUGCGUUACUGCUCGAUCCUUCACCGCAGUCUGGGUGAGGAAGGCAGUGGCAAGAGAUGUCCAGGCUUCAUAGGACGUCUUAGCAGAGAGGAUGGUUACACCAAUUUCUUCCGUGACCGCCAGCAUUAUGCAGAAGUUAUGGAUCAACAAGAUCUGAAAGGACAAGUUCACCUUUAACUUAAGUCUGCAAUGUGUCUCAGGUCAUUAGAUCUCUCCAUGUGAUAGCUUGCAGGAUGCGGUCAGCAUAAAUCAUUUUUCUACUGUGGAAGUUGGGGAUUGCAUUUAUGAAAAAGAUGAGCCUCUUGUUAAGACUAAGGCUCAAUCUAGCAAACGGGUUGCACGGGGGUCCCAAUCUUCUUCCGGGAGUUCUGCAAAAUUCAUACUCAUGGCGAUUUGCUCGAGGAUUUUCUCAACCAGCUAGGAAAGAAGAGGAAGAAGAAGAGGAGGUGGAAAUUGACCAGAGGAAGCUUCCCGCUGACUAUGACCCCGCAACAUUUGAUCCGACAGAGCAUCGAAGUCCUCCUACAGAUAGGGUGUUUAGGCUCGUAGACGAAAUAUCAGGACUCACACUAGUUGAAGUUGCGGAGCUUUCUUCAAUUAUGAUGAAAAGACUGGGUAUGACUGAACCACCCACUAUCGGGGUCAUGAAAGGUGGUGCAGCUGCGGGGCUUGCUGGGAUGGCCACGAAGGCCACAGCAGCAGCAAAGGAGGAGAAGAAGCCCGAAAAGACGGUUUUCGAGGUGAAAUUGGAGUCAUACGAAGCAUCUGCAAAGAUCAAGGUUAUUAAAGAAGUGAGGGGUUUCACUGAUCUGGGUCUCAAAGAAGCCAAGGAUUUAGUGGAGAAGACGCCGUCAGUGUUCAAGAAAGGUGUCUCGAAGGAAGAAGGCGAGAAGAUUAUAGAGAAGAUGAAAGCUAUCGGAGCGAAAGUGAUCAUGGAGUGAGCGGUAUCUUAGGAGUUACCUCGAUAAUUUUGUGAUCUGGCUUGUUUGUACUUUUUUCAGUUGAAGGAUUCUGCUAGUGGCAAUAUAUAAAAAUUUCUCAUAAAACCCUUGUGAUAGCUGGAAGAACAUAGUAAAAGAGGGUUUUGAUUCUUCGGAGUUGAGAAGGUUAA